AUGAACUGGGAGGUCAGCGAGGGCGGAGAGGCGGAGUACGACGGGCCGUUGGUCGGCGCGGCGGGCAGCGACUAUGUGGCCAUGAUGCUGGGAGGGGGAGCGCCGCAGCGCGCCAUCCAGGAGAUUCAGGCCCGCGGCUCCCUGCAGGAUGCAAGGUGCGAGGCUGUGUUGGGCCUGCUGGGCGCCGUGGGCGUGCCACGCGCGGAGGCCUGCCAAGCGGCCAUCCGCGCGGCCCGCGUCGAGCUCCUCGCUGCGAUCCCCAAUCUGUCCCAGGACCGCCUCCUGCUCCUCCUCGACGCCUCUUUCCCGUACAUCGGCAUCCAGGAGCUCCGCCCCGUCCCCCUCGCCGCCCUCGGCGGGCUGCGGCCCGUUCCCGAGGCCUACCUGCGGCGCUUGGCUGCUGACAAGGAACUCCUCGCAGAGCUGCCCACCACGGUGCAGCGGCAGGUCUUCGAGAUCGACGAGGUGCUCCUCAAGCGCUGGGCGCUGCCCGUCGUCGCGCAGUACCCGUCCGAGACCGCGUCGCGCAUGCGCGCGCUGGACAUGGACUUGGGCGCCCCGCCGGGCGGACUGACGUCAGGGAGGGGUCGGCGGCUGCCGGUGCUGCCGCGGCGGGUGCUGCGCGCCGGGAGCGGGAGCCUGCGGCAGCUCGCGGAGAUGGUGGGGGAGUCCAGGGGGGUGUAUUCCAAGCUCGCAGCCCUGAUGCUGACCAAGUUCCACGCCGAGAGCGCGGUUUUCGUGUCGGCAGGGCUUGCGUCGUACUGCACGCUCCGCGUGCAGCUCCUGCUGAUGCUUUUGGACAACGGCGUCAAAGAGGUCGCCUCCGCGGAUCCAUUACUCCCCCUGGCGUACGUCCUUGACACCUCCCUGGCCGAGCACCGCAUCUCGGACGACUCCCUCGCCGCGCUCCGCCUGUUCUUCGACCCGCUGCGUGACCGCGAGAAGGAGGCUGAGGAGGCCGGCGGCGACCAGGGGCGCUUCGCGAGCGCGGCACCGCACGUGCCGGGGCGCAUGCGGAUGCGCAAGGUGGGGGCGGAGGGCAUCGGGGACGAGUCGCGGGAACGGAAACGGCGACGACGCGAAGAAGAGAUGCGCGAAGCGCGGGAAAAGGGCGAAGAGAUGCCCGCGGAGAUGGCGCGCGGGCGGCUGCUGGGCGAAGCAGGUGCCGCGCUGCGCGACCCGUCGACGCUGUACCUCCUUGGUCACGAGAUUGUCCGGCGGCUCGGGGCCGACGCGGACUCCGAGCCCUUCACUCCGCCCGCUGACUCCCCCCCCGACACACCGGACACCCCCCUCCAGCUCCUCUCCCGCCUGCUCCAGCUCGCGAUGAGCGCGCGCUGGCUCCUCCGCGAGCUCACCGGCGAUCCAGGCGCCCGCGUCGCCCUCCCGUCCCCCUCGCUCGAGCUCACCCGGGAAUACUACCCCCUCCUGCGUGCUGUCAUCCAUCUUAGCCACAACAACAACCCCCCCGGAGCACCGGAUGACCCCGCGGCCACGUCGGGCACCGCGUCCGCCCUCGUCGAGGCCGCGAACAAGCUCCAACCGCACCUGACGCGGUCACCCGAAGCCAGGCUGCCCGCGUUUCUCUACGCGCUCGAUGCAACUGGGGGAGCAGACCGGUCGCGCGACGUGGCGGCGGGGCGCGCGGACUACGCUGCGGCGGUCGCGAUGUUGUCGGUGCUGCGGAGGGUGCUCGAGGGGCUGUGCGCGCGGUCGCCGGGGUCGCUGGUGGAGUGGGCGCCGUUUGCUGCUACGCUGGCGCGGCGGGUGGCGUCGGCGGUGCAGGGUGGAGGCGUGGUGCCAGGGGACGCGUUCUGGGAGCUCGCAUUCGACGGAAUACUGAUGAAGCUCAUCGGCGUGGACCCGCAGGUACACGACGAGGUCCUGCGCGUGCUCCUCGUCGCGGGCCGCCACAUGACCAGUGGCCAGCUGUCGUCCUACGUCGAGGCCUCCCUUGCUCGCACCAAGCAGUCCCGGCUCGCCCGGGCGCGCCGCGGCGUCGGCGAGGACCUGGAAGGCCUCGACUCGGGCCACGUCGCGGCGGGCGGGUACUCGAGCGGCGGCGCAUUGACGAGCCGGUACCGCCCUGGAGACGUGGGGCCGAGAGGGGUUCCGGAGGGGGUGGAGCGGAGGGCGCCGGGGGCUCGCGGCGGAGCGACGUGA